AAUAGAUACAAAUCUCUAAUUUUAGUCCCAAAUUAGUUUAAAGAAAACAAAUCUAUCUUAAAUCAAUAGUUUCCUCUCUCUAUAUAAACAAGUCUCGCAAAUUACUCAACAAACAGCAACAAAUAUUUUCUCAUUCAUUCAAAGUUCAAACCAAAGCAAAACACAACUCUUUUUACGAAGAAGAUGGUAAUGAUGAAGAAGAUGUUUGUUCAGAUCGCAGUUUUUUGUCUAUUGGCUACGAUCGCAGCCGUCUCCGCCCACGAAGGUCAUGUUCACAAUCACAGCCCGGCUCCGGCACCUGGACCGGCAACUAACUCAGCUGUCGUUCCAACCACCAACAUGUUCGCCGGAUUGGCUUUUUCUGCCGUGGCUCUUGUUCUUGGUCUCAACCACUGAGUUCAUCACCACAGCAUUCAGCGUUUCUUGUUUGGUUCAGUUUCUAUGAGAUUGUUCUCUUGACUUUCAAUAUUCAUUUUUAUAAUUAUCUUAUUUGGUGAAUAAAACAAAACUCCAUUGGACUUGUGUUUUUCGGCUAUGAUUUGGAUUUUGAAUCCGAUUCAUAGUAAACGCCACACAAAUAAAAUCUCAAUCUAAAAAUGACGACGAUAUGGUUAACUAUAACUAGAUUCUACAUGAUGUAAAUCUA